AACUGAGGGGGAUUCAUAUUAGAGAUGGUGAAUUUCUAUGGACAAUGGAAGCCAGUGGUUGCCAUGAUUGGCAUCAACCUUGCUUUGGCCAUAGUCAACGUACUUCUUAAGUUAACUCUGGAUAAAGGAGUGCACAAUUUGGUUGUAAUUACUUAUAGACAGUCAAUUUCUUGUGUCUUCUUGACACCCAUUGCCUUCUUUUGGGAAAGAAAAAGUAGACAUGAACUUACAGCUCCACUCAUAUGCCACCUUUUUUUCAGUGCUCUAAUUGGGGUAACAUUCGCACAAUACAUGUUUCUUCUUGGACUCUAGUACACCUCAGCUACAUAUUCUUCUGCCUUCAUCAACAUGGUGCCUGUUAACACUUACCUGUUGGCACUACCAUUUGGUCUAGAGAGAGUGAGCAUUAGGAGCAAGGGAGGCAGAGCUAAGAUAUCGGGUGCUUUGAUAUGCAUUGGUGGAGCUUUGUCAUUGACCUUUUACAAAGGAAUGCCACUGACCAACCAACACUCACAUGCCACAGCUGAAAUUGAAAACCAUGACUAUAUACUGAGUGCAGAAAACAAGAGAGUGAGGUGGGCACUUGGUUCAGUGUUUUUGGCAGCAGGUUGCAUGUUGUGGGCUUCAUGGUUUCUCAUACAAGCCAAAAUUGGGAAGAGCUACCCAUUUCAGUACUCUAGCACAGCCAUCUUGUCAUUCUUUGGUGUCAUUCAGUUAGCCAUCUUGACCUUGCUUACUGAGAGAAGCAUCAGCAUGUCAAUGUGGGUUUUGAAGGGGAAGUUGGAGAUACUGAGUGUCACAUAUGCUGGAGCAGUUGGAUCAGGGUUGACCUAUGUAGGCAUGUCAUGGUGUGUGAAGCAAAAGGGUCCAUUGUUUACAUCAACAUUCACUCCCUUAAUCCAGAUAUUUGUGGCUAUGUUUGACUUCUUAACCUUGCAUGAACAGAUCUAUGUCGGAAGGUUGGCUCAAUUAUAUGUUCAGAUAUUGAUCAUGCUUUCACCUCCAAUAUGUGAUAUGUUAUGUUGUAAAUUGUUAAUCCAUGCAACAUGUGAUUUGGGUCAAAACUGGAAACCUGUGGUUGGUUCUGUCCUAGUGAUAGUGGGAAUGUAUGUUCUACUGUGGGGGAAAAGCAAUGAUGCGAAGGAAAUUGUGGUGAAGCAGACAUUAGCAGCUGAAGAAGGUGCAGAUGUCCCUUGA